CUACCUUAAAAUAAUUUCUCAGCUCUCCCAAAGAAGAAAGCUAAGACACAGUUGAACAGAUAGCUUUGGAGACUCUUACCGAACAGAUCCGCUCGUCUUCUCCGUUCUCUCUAUUCUCCAUACAUUUCAAUCACACCUUCCCUCAUUCUUCGCUGCUCAGAACCAAGGAUUGUGGCACAUUUUUAUGGAGGGUGUUGGAGGUGAUGCUGCAUCAACGGCUGCAGCACUGAACCAGCGGAGGCAUGAGUUUUCAAAGCUUUUCCAGUUUUAUUUAGAUAAAACUACACCCUAUGCUCUGUAUAGAUGGAUUGGAACUUUUGGCUUUGCAUCUCUUUAUGCUUUGCGGGUCUUUUAUGUCCAAGGGUUCUACAUUGUGACCUACGGUUUGGGAAUCUACAUACUGAAUUUGCUGAUUGGUUUUCUGUCACCUCUUGUUGACCCAGAACUAGACCCUUCAGAUGGUCCUCUGCUGCCUACAAAAGGUUCAGAUGAAUUUAAACCUUUUAUUCGCCGGCUCCCAGAAUUCAAGUUCUGGUAUGCCAUCACAAAGGCUUUCUUUGUGGCAUUUCUCAUGACUUUCUUCUCCUUGUUUGAUGUUCCCGUGUUUUGGCCAAUAUUAUUGAUCUACUGGAUUGUUCUCUUCGUCCUCACAAUGAAGCGCCAAAUUUCGCACAUGCUCAAGUAUAAAUACAUCCCAUUUAACAUCGGAAAGCAGAAGUACAGUGGAAAGCGAGAAGCACCAAGUAGUGGCAGUAGUCCGAGAGCAGACUGAAUUUGUGCAUGUUUGUGGUUAGAGUAGAUGGAAAGAGGUUGAAGGGAAGCAGAAAAGGCUGGAAUCUCUGCAUAUUUUUUUAAAUUAGAUUUGUACUUACUAUAUAUUUUAAUAUGGUAUUACAAAAAUAUGGUCCGAUUACUGAUGCAUUAUUAGAUUCUGCCAGUGCAGCAUUGUUAGCACGAUUAUAUUUUUUAGACAGCAUAUGUAUGAUCAACAACGUUUGAUGCAUUUAUACUUUGUAGUCUCAGAUUCCAUGUGA